CCUAACACUCUCAAUAAAAUAUCUCUCUCACUUAUCGACUUUAGAAAAAAAUCUAAAAAAUCAAAAAGACAAAACUUUUCAAAAUCAGACAACAACAAACAACCGACGCUCAGUGUUCCGUUAGGGUUUUCGAGUUUGGCGUUAGCAGCCUCCUCCCAACCAUGGCGGAGAAACCAACCGACGACGACAUCAUGCUUCUCCACGGCGACCUCGAUCUGACAAUCGUGGAAGCUCGGAACCUCCCGAACAUGGACGCCUUCUCGAACCACCUCCGCCUCUGCUUCUCCGCCUGCGCCAGCCCCAUCACGACCGACGAAGAAGACCGCAGAGCCAGAGACGGCCUCCCACCACCACCCCCACCUUCUACAAACGCCCGCAGCCACCGGAAAGUCAUCACCAGCGACCCUUACGUCACCGUCGUCGUCCCUCAAGCCACACUCGCCCGCACGCGCGUCCUUAAAAACUCCCAAAACCCCAAAUGGAACGAGCGCUUCAGCAUCUCCGUAGCUCACCCUCUCUCUCACCUAGAGUUCCAGGUCAAAGACGACGACGUCUUCGGCGCCCAGAUCAUCGGAACCGCCAAAAUCCCGGUCAAAGACAUCGCUUCCGGUUCACCGGUAACCGGCUGGUUCCCCGUCCUCAACGCUUCAGGUAAACCCCCGAAGAAGGAGACCGCUCUGUACAUCGACAUGAAGUUCACACCUUUCGAUCAGAUCGGCACUUACCGAAUCGGAGUCGCCGGAGAUCCGGAGCGUAAAGGCGUGAAAGGAACUUACUUUCCCGUUAGAAAAGGGAGUCACGUGAGGCUUUACCAAGACGCUCACGUGACCGACGGGACGCUGCCUGAGAUCGCGUUGGACGAUGGGAAGGUUUAUCAGCACGGCAAGUGUUGGGAGGAUAUAUGCUACGCUGUCUCCGAGGCUCACCAUAUGAUUUACGUCGUCGGGUGGUCUGUUUUCCACAAGGUGAGGCUCGUUAGAGAGCCUACGAGGAAGUUGCCUAGAGGCGGGGACUUGACUCUUGGCGAGUUGCUAAAGUAUAAAUCCGAAGAAGGUGUUCGUGUUUUGCUGCUCGUGUGGGAUGAUAAAACCUCUCAUGAUAAGUUCGGAAUCAGAACUCCUGGAGUGAUGGGGACACAUGAUGAAGAGACUAGGAAGUUUUUCAAGCAUUCUUCUGUGAUAUGUGUACUGUCUCCUCGGUACGCUAGUAGUAAACUUGGGUUGUUUAAACAACAGGUUGUUGGCACUCUCUUCACGCACCAUCAGAAGUGUGUGCUUGUGGACACUCAAGCUGCUGGUAACAAUCGCAAAGUCACGGCCUUUAUCGGAGGUAUCGAUCUUUGCGACGGUCGCUACGACACGCCUGAGCACAGAAUAUUACAUGAUCUCGACACUGUCUUCAAGGAUGAUUUCCACAAUCCUACAUUCCCAGUUAAUACCAAGGCUCCGAGACAACCUUGGCAUGAUCUGCACUGUAGGCUAGACGGUCCUGCGGCUUACGACGUUCUCAUGAACUUUGAGCAGCGGUGGAGGAAAGCGACGCGGUGGAAGGAGUUCAGCUUGAGGUUAAAGGGGAAAACUCACUGGCAAGAUGAUGCUUUGAUCAAGAUAGGACGCAUAUCGUGGAUAGUGAGUCCAGUGUUUAAGUAUCUCAAGGAUGGUACUAAUAUGGUUCCUGAGGAUGAUCCGGUCGUGUAUGUUUCGGAAGAAGACGAUCCUGAGAACUGGCAUGUUCAGGUGUUCCGUUCUAUUGACUCAGGAUCCUUGAAAGGGUUUCCGUAUUAUGAAGACGAGGCUAAGCUGCAGAAUCUGGAAAGUGCCAAGCGUCUUGUAGUAGAUAAGAGUAUACAGACGGCAUACAUACAGACAAUCAGAUCUGCUCAGCAUUUCAUAUACAUAGAGAAUCAGUAUUUCCUUGGUUCUUCUUAUGCUUGGCCUAAUUAUAAAGAUGCAGGAGCUGAUAAUCUUAUUCCAAUGGAGUUGGCACUAAAGAUUGUUAGUAAAAUAAGAGCUAAAGAAAGAUUUGCUGUGUAUGUGGUCGUACCAUUGUGGCCUGAAGGUGAUCCAAAGUCUGGACCUGUUCAAGAGAUUCUAUAUUGGCAGAGCCAAACUAUGCAGAUGAUGUAUGAUGUCAUAGCAAGAGAACUGAAAGCGGUGGAGUCAGAUGCUCACCCUCUCGAUUACCUUAAUUUUUACUGCCUUGGUAAACGAGAGCCGUUUCCAGAUAAUAUGCCAGCCACCAAUGGCAGUGCGAUAUCGGAUUCUUAUAAGUUCCAGCGUUUCAUGAUUUACGUGCACGCAAAGGGGAUGAUAGUAGAUGAUGAGUAUGUACUAAUGGGAUCUGCUAACAUUAACCAAAGAUCUAUGGCCGGUACGAAAGAUACAGAGAUAGCCAUGGGUGCAUAUCAACCUCAUCAUACAUGGACUAGCAAGGGAAAACACCCACGUGGCCAGGUGUAUGGAUACAGGAUGUCAUUAUGGGCAGAGCAUUUAGGCAAAACAGGAGAUGAGUUUGUGGAGCCUGGUGAUCUAGAAUGUGUCAGGAAUGUGAACGAGAUUGCUGAAGGGAACUGGCAGAAGUUCAUAGAUUCAGAUUUCUCGGAGCUGCAAGGUCACUUGAUUAAGUAUCCUCUGCAAGUAGACGCUGAUGGUAAAGUGAGCUCGCUUCCGGAUUACGACAGUUUCCCAGAUGUUGGUGGUAAGAUCAUUGGAGCUCAUUCCAUGGCUCUCCCUGAUACUCUAACCACUUGAUGAUAAUCUUGUAAUGUUCCCAAAUGUUGUGUGAAGUUGUACAUUGUAACUUUUGUUGUUUUAUUUAUUCUUUUAUGAUUUGUUUGUCAAACUUGUAUUUGUUUGGGGUGCCAAAAGUAGAGAGUGUGGACUAUGGAGGCAAAAUGAUAAUAAGGAUAUUUUGUGUUA